CUUUAUAAACCUUGCGCUUCUAAUGGCGCGCUUUUCACCGUUCCUUGCGGGAUUGUUUUGGUGUUUGCGACUCUUCUAAAAGUAUUAAUUAAUCGAUUCAAACCAACCAUGGAUCAUCCGCUCGACCAUCUGUUUAGUGAUAAUGUGGCGCUGGAAGGUGAAAACGACGGGGAAAUACUGUCCGACGAUGAACUCCCGGACGGCGAUGCGGACGGCUCGGGCGACGAGGCCACGGAUGCCGCCCCAGCCAAACCCGUAGCGGUGGAGGUGAAGAAAAAAACGGUCCGCAACCCGCGCAACAUGCUGAACGAGGCGAAGCUGUGCGGUCCGCGCGGGAUAAUCGCGCUGAAGGACCACUUCAAGCACUUCAAAUUCCACGGCAAGGGCCACGAAGCGUCCGAUCUGAACCGGCUGAUGCGCAGCUACGAGCACUGGGCGCAUCGGCUGUAUCCGAAGUUUCACUUUGACGAUUGUAUGGCCAAGAUCGAAAAGCUGGGACACAAAAAGCAGGUCCAGAUGUACAUGAACAAGUACCGCACGGGUAUGCUGCAGGCGGAACUGGAAGCAAUGGCACAGGCGGCCGCCAACAGUGCCGACGAAGAGGAGCCGGACGUUAGUCAGCUGAAUCGGCCGCUCGAUCCGCUGGACAGUAUGCUGGAGGAACAGAUUGCCCGGUCGCGGGGCCGUACGUCCGUUGCCAACACGUCUGGUAUUGGGAAUCUCUCGAUGGACAACACGUUCGAUGCUGUGCGGCAGACCGACAACGGCGCGGUGCACGCGAAUGCACUUAAGGACACCCAUCAGCAGCAGCAGCUAACGGUCAAAUCACCACCGGUGGCUGAUGACAUCCGAGCGAAAAUUGAAGCAAACCGACUGAAAGCACUAGAACUAAGGAAGGCCCGUCUGCUGGCCCUCUCCCAGCAGAGCAGCCCGGGUGGGACGGAAAACGUAGAAAACGACUCGUGCGAAUUGCCGCCAUCGUGAGAGUGGGAAUAGGAAAUAGAAGUAAAUAAACUACACCUUUAGCUUUUGAAUACA